UUCGGUGUUUUGAUGAUCCCUACCUUAUUGACCGCAACUUCUGUAUUUAUUAUCGCCUUCAUCGCUGCCCCUCCAGUAGGUAUUGAUGGUAUUCGUGAGCCUGUUUCUGGUUCUUUACUUUAUGGAAACAAUAUUAUCUCUAGUGCUAUUAUCCCUACUUCUGCGGCGACCGGAUUGCACUUUUACCCAAUUUGGGAAGCUGCAUCUGUUGAUGAGUGGUUAUACAAUGGUGGUCCUUAUGAGCUAAUUGUUCUACACUUCUUACUUGGUGUAGCUUGUUAUAUGGGUCGUGAGUGGGAACUUAGUUUCUGUCUGGGUAUGCGUCCUUGGAUUGCUGUUGCAUAUUCAGCUCCUGUUGCAGCUGCUACUGCUGUUUUCUUGAUUUACCCUAUUGGUCAUGGAAGCUUUUCUGAUGGUAUGCCUUUAGGAAUCUCUGGUACUUUCAACUUUAUGAUUGUAUUCCAGGCAGAGCACAACAUCCUUAUGCAUCCAUUCCACAUGUUAGGUGUAGCUGGUUUAUUCGGCAGUUCCCUAUUCAGUGCUAUGCAUGGUUCCUUGGUAACCUCUAGUUUGAUCAGGGAAACUGCUGAAAAUGAAUCUGCUAAUGAGGGUUACAAAUUUGGUCAAGAGGAAGAAACUUAUAAUAUUAUGGCUGCUCAUGGUUAUUUUGGCUGAUUAAUCUUCCAAUAUGCUAGUUU